GCACAUUGCCAUGCGGAUGAGCUGUGUUUCAAAUUUCCUCUCAUUUUAAAGGUGUCCCCGUCUUAUAUUUCCACUGAGGCUAGAAACAAUCAGAUUGAGAUGAAUUCAACAAGAGAUUACAUAGAGUCUUUUCAAGACACAGACCCUUUCCCCGUUCAAAAGAAGAGUAAAAAGAAACAGGGAGAUGGAUUUAAAGGCAUGGGUCUCAGUCAUCCAAUUGUGAAAGGAAUUCAGAAGAGAGGUUACAAAGUCCCUACACCAAUUCAAAGAAGGACCAUCCCUGUAGCUUUACAGGGCAGAGAUCUGGUUGCAAUGGCCAGGACAGGCAGUGGAAAAACAGCCUGCUUCUUGAUUCCAAUUUUUGAAAAGCUCAAAACCAGGAUAGCGAAAUCAGGGGCAAGAGGCUUGAUCAUGUUGCCAACUAGAGAACUUGCCAUGCAGACUAUCACAUUCAUCAGGGAGAUCGGAAAGUUCACAGGCUUGAAGUGCUGUCUCAUAUCUGGUGGAGACAAUAUGGAGAGCCAAUUUGAAGCAAUCCACGGAAAUCCUGAUAUUAUCGUAGCUACUCCAGGAAGAUUUGUCCACCUGUGUGUUGAAAUGGAAUUGAAACUAAACUCCAUUGAAAUAGUCGUCUUCGAUGAGGCAGAUCGGCUUUUUGAAAUGGGUUUUGGAGAGCAACUCAAAGACAUCAUUGCUCGUCUCCCAAGCACAAGACAAACUCUCCUGUUUUCAGCUACCCUUCCAAAGUCUCUUGUGGAAUUUACAAGAAUUGGACUAUCAGACCCUCUUCUGAUCAGAUUGGACGUGGAGUCAAAAUUGUCGGACAAACUCGACUGCAACUACAUUUGGUGCCGGCAAGAAGAAAAGACGUCAGUUCUCCUGUGCUUGAUGCAUAAACUGGCUGAAAAGCAUGCCAAGAACGUUGACCCUCCUCAAAUCGUGAUAUUCGCUGCUACACGCCAUCACGUGGAGUUCAUUCACACGAUCUUGAUGACCGCCAACAUAAGCAGCACCUACCUGUUCUCCAACCUGGAUCCAUCGGCUCGCAAGAUCAGCGUUGGCAAAUUCCGGAACAGGGUCGUGCAGGUGUUAGUGGUCACGGACAUCGCAGCCAGAGGAAUUGACAUCCCUGAAGUGGGCGUUGUCAUCAACUACCACUUCCCCUCCUCGCCCAAGCUUUUCGUGCACAGGGUGGGUCGCUGCGCGAGAGCAGGCACCGCUGGCACAGCAUACACCCUGAUUACCAAGGAAGACGUGCCUUACCUGCUUGACCUGCACCUAUUCUUAGGAAAGUCAUUUGACUUUGAACAGCUCGGUAGAGUUCCCGCGGAACUGCUUGAGGAACAGCACGCAAUGUUGCUUGAGUGGCACAAGGAGAAGGCCGACAUUGAAAGCAUGGAAAACGUGUGCAACAAUGCUUACUCAAAGUAUUUGAAAUCGAAGCCUGGAGCGUCAAUGGACAGUGUCAAAAGGAGCAAGCAGCUUGGUCUUAUUAUUAACAAUCACCACCCUUUGUUUGGUUCAAAUGAUAACAUCGAAGGAAAUGAUUUGUUGAGGAGAAUGAAAAACUACAAACCAAAAACUACCGUGUUUGAACUCUUCAACUUUGGAGUCAAGGAAAUGAAGGACAAGAGAAACUUUCAUGAAGAUGCCAUUGCGAAUUUCAGAAAGAGAGGCCAAAAUGAACCUGUUUCUUCUGUGAAUGCCAAGAAGCUAAAAUUCCAGACAAACGACAAGGAUAAUUAUGUUCCCUAUUUACCUGAGGACCAUCAUUCUGAGUUUGGGCUUGCCGUCAACAAUUUCGAGCAAGCAGCUAGAAAAGUGGGCAUGGAUGUUUUGGGCGAUGAAGAAAAGCAGAUCAACCUGCACGAAAAAAUGAAGAAGUGGGACUCAAAGAAAAAGAAGAUGGUCGGCCAGAAGGAAACCCAAAAGAAAAUCAGAACCGAGUCUGGCGUCUGGAUUUCUGCCACAUACAAAACUGGAAAAUACAAGCAGUGGAAGGAGAAGGCGAAAACUGAUGAUCAAGAUGAUGAAAAUGAUGACGAGGGAGGAAUAGAGAGGAACUCAUUGCCAAUGAAGGGUUGGAAGAAGGGCGUGCCUGGACAGGGGAAGAAGGCAAGGUCAGAGCUCAAGCAGCCCGAGCAAAUUAUCAAGACCAGAGAAAAGAAGUUGCGGGCAAUGGAGCGAUCAAAGAAGAGGAAACCAAAGGGCAAGAAAAGGAAUUAAAUGUAAAGAAAACCAACUCAAUUUCUGUAAUUGAACAUUUAAUAUUUGUUAUAAUCGAACAGGAUUAAACUCAUCACAAAAAUCA